GCUACCUGAGUCAAUCACUCAGCUCUCAUGAUCAGGAACGCGGUGAAAAUGCCAAAAAGUAAACUUUUGAGGCAGCGAUGAACGGACCUAAAUAUGAAAAGACACAACAUUUAUUAAGGCUCCAUGGCUGUAGUGGACGAAGAUGUGGCUGAGAAGUUUCUGGACAGUAAUCCCACCUUUGCCAAGCAAUAUUAUGACUCCCAUUUUCGGGCCCAAGUCAUCUCAAAUCUGCUGUCCACAUCAAAGAAGACAGACGUUGACACGAGCCAGUACCAUGAACUAAGUUCACUGGAGGAGAGUGAGGUCGUGUUUGACAUGGUGCGGGACCUGCAGGAUCAUCUACAGAUGGAGAAGGCUGUGUUCAACCUAAUGCGGCAUCUAAGCUUUAUAAUGCGUGCUGACCGCAUGAGCCUUUUCAUGUACAGGCAGAGGAAUGGCACAGCUGAGCUUGCUACACGCCUUUUCAAUGUCCACAAGGAUGCUACACUCGAGGAGUGCCUAGUGCCUCCAGAUAGUGAGAUUGUUUACCCACUGGACACAGGAAUUGUGGGGCAUGUGGCCACAGUAAAAAAGAUGGUCAAUGUACCUGAUGUGACACAGAACGCCAACUUCAGUGACUUUGUGGACAUACUGACAGAGUAUCAAACAAGGAACGUGUUGGCUGUUCCCAUCAUGAACGGCAAGGAUGUGAUGGCAGUCAUAAUGGCAGUAAACAAGAUAGGAGGCUCCUGUUUCACCACGCAGGAUGAGGAGGCACUGCAGAAAUAUCUAAACUUUGCCAAUCUUGUUCUUCGAGUGUUUUACCUGAGUUACAUGCACAACUGUGAAACUAGAAGAGGGCAGGUUUUGCUCUGGUCUGCCAGUAAAGUGUUUGAGGAGCUGACAGACAUUGAGAGGCAGUUCCACAAAGCCCUGUAUACAGUGCGAGCUUUUCUCAACUGUGACCGCUACUCUGUAGGGCUGCUGGACAUGACCAAAACUAAGGAAUUCUUUGAUCUUUGGCCAGUUCUAAUGGGUGAGGUGCCUCCAUAUUCAGGACCAAAGACUCCUGAUGGCAGAGAAAUCAAUUUCUACAAAGUGAUUGAUUAUAUAUUACAUGGAAAGGAGGAUAUUAAAGUAAUACCGAACCCUCCUGCUGACCACUGGGCUCUGGUCAGUGGAUUGCCUACUUACGUAGCUGAAACCGGCCUGAUCUGUAACAUCAUGAAUGCUGCCCAGGAUGAUUUCUUUAACUUUCAAAAAGAACCUCUGGACGAAUCAGGCUGGACAAUAAAAAAUGUCCUUUCCCUGCCCAUUGUAAAUAAGAAAGAGGAAAUCGUUGGCGUGGCUACGUUCUAUAACAGAAAAGAUGGAAAACCGUUCGAUGAAAUGGAUGAAACACUAAUGGAGUCCCUUACUCAGUUUUUGGGCUGGUCAGUGCUGAACCCAGACACUUAUGACAAGAUGAACAAGCUGGAGAAUCGCAAGGAUAUCUUUCAGGACAUGGUACUCUACCAUGUCAAGUGCAGAAAAGAUGAAAUCCAGAACAUACUGAACACACGUGAGUUGUAUAAAAAGGAACCAGAAGAAUGUGAUGAAGACGAACUGGAAAAGAUUCUGUCCGUGACUCUGCCAGACUCCAAGCAGUCAGAAAUUUACGAGUUUCAUUUCUGUGAUUUUGAGCAUUCUGAGCUGGACCUGGUUAAGUGUGGCAUUUCAAUGUACUAUGAGCUGGGAGUGGUGGACAAGUUUCACAUCCCUCGUGAGACACUGGUGAGAUUUAUGUACUCUGUCAGUAAAGGCUACAGGAGGAUUACCUACCAUAACUGGAGACACGGCUUUAACGUGGGCCAGACCAUGUUCACACUACUCAUGACUGGUGACCUUAAGCGCUACUACACAGACCUGGAGGCCAUGGCCAUGGUCACAGCCGGCUUCUGCCAUGAUAUUGACCACCGCGGGACAAACAAUCUGUACCAAAUGAAAUCUGGGAACCCACUGGCGAAGCUCCAUGGUUCAUCUAUCCUCGAGAGGCACCAUCUGGAGUUUGGCAAAACUCUACUGCGAGAUGAAGCUCUGAACAUCUAUCAAAAUCUGAACCGGCGACAGCACGAACAUGUCAUACAUUUAAUGGACAUUGCCAUCAUUGCUACAGACCUGGCUUUGUAUUUCAAGAAAAGAACCAUGUUUCAAAAGAUUGUGGAUCAAUCCAAAACUUAUGAGAACUGGGGUGACUGGACCAAGUACAUGAUGCUGGAGACAACCAGGAAGGAAAUAGUAAUGGCGAUGAUGAUGACUGCCUGUGAUUUGUCUGCUAUCGCCAAGCCCUGGGAGAUCCAGAGUAAGGUGGCGCUGUCAGUGGCUGCAGAGUUCUGGGAGCAGGGUGACCUGGAAAGGACCGUUCUUGAGCAGCAGCCUAUUCCCAUGAUGGACAGGAACAAAGCAGACGAGUUGCCCAAAUUACAGUGUGGUUUCAUUGAUUUUGUCUGCGCCUUCGUCUACAAGGAGUUCUCACGCUUCCACGUAGAGAUCACACCCAUGCUGGACCGACUGAUGAACAACAGGAAAGAGUGGAAUGCUUUAAAGGAAAUAUAUGAGGCCAAACUGGCAAAGCUUGAGGAGGCCAAGAAGGCUCAGGAGGAAGCCGUGACAGCCGCAGCAGCUAUCAAGCAGGCAAGUGCUGCUCAAGCUACACAGUCUAAGACCUGCAUUCUCAGCUGAGUCUCCAACAGUCAAGAGCAGAAACACGGCAAACAAAUUAAAAUCUCUCAUUUAGUUACAGUACAUCAUAUAUUUGAGAAAUGCUCACAUUUAAAGCACUCCUGUACAUUUCAAAUAGUUUAAUGUUUAAUUAUAUACACACAUAUUGAGCCCCACCAACCCACACUGCAGUUAAAAUAGCUAGGCUUUGAAGUGGACAUUAUUAAGAGUCUCUAUAUUACUCCCUAUCCCAAUUUGCAAGUGGCAUGCGUGUAUAAAGGACUAUUAGUAGUCAAUCCCAAAUGACCUUUUCCCCCAUUUGUGACCUCUUUAUAAAAGAUAAUAAAGCAUUACUGUAGACUCUAUGAAUUGCAAUUCAUGGCCAACAGUUCAGGCCAAAAAUUCAGCCAUCCUGGUUGCUGAAUACAAUGGAUAACCCAGUUUAGCUAAUGGAACACACAGGCAGGUUUGAUUUCAGCCAGCUAUGUAUGAUGUUAAUCCUACUUGUCUUAAACCAUACAAUCAAAGUCAAGCAAUCUUCUUUAAGUUAACAUUUUGUUACAAUUUAAAGAUGCAGAAGAGAUGAGAAAAAGUACAGGGACUAAAAAGCCAUGUCUAAAAUAAUAAUAAUAAUAAAAAAAGGCCGCUCAGUGGCGCAGCGGUAAAACACGCUAGCACACCAGAGCUGGGAUUUCGAAUACAUUGUAUUGAAUCUCAUCUCUGUUAUCCAGACCAGGGUUCCUCAUAACUGGUGCAAUUACGACCUCUGCUGGCUGAUUGAUGGUGCCUGUGCAGAGUUGGGGGAUAAUGCUGAUCAGGGUGUGGCUCUCAGUGCACAAGACUGAUCUGCAUAUGAACUUGCCUUGUGCAGGUAAAAAGAUGCAGUAGGUACUGCACACGUAUCGGAGGGGAUGUGUGUCAGUUGCGAAGCUCCUCAGUCAGCAGUGGAGGGUUGUAUCGGGGUAAUUGGAUAUGACUAGAUUAGGGGGGAACAUUGGGGGAAAAAAUUGGAGAAAUAAAAUAAAAAUAAAUGAAAAUAUAAUUAAAUUAAAAACAAAACUUAGCAGGUUGACCACUAGGGGUGGGUUUAUAAAAUAGAUUUUUCGAUUCGAAUCGAUCUUUAUUUGAAUGAUCCGAUAUCGAUUCAUAUAAACGCGAGAUCAAUCUUUUAAAUGAGCCCCUUUUUACGGUGUACACGGAAAUCUGUUACCUUCUUUAAUCUCGCGUGACCAGCCGCUGUUUUUUUCGUGCAACGAGAUCUGACCUGCACAUCAGUUCAGCAUGGCAGAAGCUCCAGUAAUGCCUCCUUCACACUACAUGAUUUCUGCCCUGAUUUUCGGCGACUGGUCUGCGCUAGAUUUGCCGGCUCGGAAGCAACUCGGCUCUUAAUCAAUGUGAAACAGCGAGGUGAAACAGCGAGGGGAAACAGCGAGGGGAAACACACGGGAGAGGUUGUAAACAAGUGGAGCAGGGGCGUAAUAUAGUUAUCGUUCUCUACAAAACAAAAUAUUUAUUAACCUUCAACUUCAGAACAAUCCCUGUUGGUUGUGUUGCCAAAUCCACUCAGAUUCCUUUAUUUUUUUCUCUUUGAUAUUACGCUACUCAUCAGCGCACAAACUUUGAUCGCGCGCUACUUGUUGGAGUGUAUUUUAGGACGUGGUUUCAUUAAACCCCUCGUCACUUCUCACGUGUGUUUUUGUGACAAAACGUAGUUUGGGAGACCAGACAGACUCAUCUGAGAUUCCUCCUGGUGAUAGAUGGUGUAGAUGUGAAACCCCCCCCCCCCCUAAUUAAUCUAACUAUUUUAGGGGCUCAUAGAUAACCAGAAAGUCACCAAAAGCUAAAAAAAAAAAACACCCACAGUUUCUAAAGCUUCAGGUAAGGCGAGUGUUCAUGACUUCACAAUAAGAAAAAUACUAGAAACAAACAUCAGUGCUUGUCUCACAACUGGAUGAUCUCUGUGGGCAAAUCAAAGUAUUUAGACAACAGGUCUCUUAUUAUGUCUGGCAAAACAACAAACACAGCAUUUCACAAUAGGGACAUUAUCAAACAUGGAAGGUUUUGUAAUGUUGUGGGGGUGCUUUGUUGUGUCAUCAAGAGUCACAAAGAAAGAGUUUAAAUGAUGCAUUCUUUGAUUGAAAGAAUGAAAAUUUAGACACUGAGGCAUAAGGGAUUAAUGUAGACACUGGUGUAAAAUCAGAAAGCAAUUAUUGUACAGUAAACAGAAUAAAAGCAAUCACAGUUUUGACCAGUGGAGACUUUGUGUGAUACUUAAAUUAUCAGUUCAUGCCUGAAAACCUAGCAGUGUCUCUGAUUUAAACCAGUUAGGUAAAAAAAAAAAAACAGACGUGAAAUGCUAAUAUCAUGUAAUACAAAGCAUUUACAUGAGGAUAAUGAAGGGGAAAUUGUCUUUUUUUUACAUUUUA